GAGGAUCCCUGCUGGGGUUUCCCGGGAGAAGGAAUCCCCAGGGAUGUUCCCAUGCUCCGAGCGAUGAUCCCGGGAUUGGGCUUGGCAGCUCCGUGGAAAUCCGGGAUUCCGGAGGCGGCAGGAGCUGCCGGAAUCUGGCCGAUCCCAGCGGGAUCCCAACGGGAACGGACCCUGCCGGGAGCUCCCAGGGGAUGGCUGGGACUGAGGGAUGGCUGGAAUUCUGGGAUCACCGGGAUUCAGGGAUAGCUGGGAUUGAGGGAUCACAGGGAUUUAAGGAUUGCCGGGAUUUUGGGAUCGCUGGGGUUCAGGAUCACUGGGAUUUGGGGAUCUCUGGAAUUCCGGGCUGGCUCCGGAGCCAUGGCGGCAGCGGCGGAUGCAGACGCGGAGUGGCUGCGCUGGGUCAGCGAACGCUUCGGGAACAGCGCCGGGAAGGAGCCGGAGAUCGGCCUGGAGGAAUUCACACGGACCCUGGGGAUCAAGGAGUCCUUCUUUGCCGAGCGUUUUUUCGCGCUCUUUGAUUCCGAUGGGAGCGGCUCCCUGAGCCGGGAGGAGCUGCUGGGAUCCCUGCGCCGGCUGCUCCGCGGGAAUUCCACGGAAAAGCUCCUCUUCCUCUUCCAGGUGUACGACGUGGACGGGAGCGGCUCCAUCGAUGGGCAGGAGCUGCUCCAGGUGCUCCGGGGGUGUCUCCGGGAGAGCUCCCUGGCCCUGCCCGAGGAGCGGCUCCGGGCACUGAGCCAGGCCCUGCUCUGUGCCUGCGACCGCGACCGCAGCGGCUCCAUCUCCUUCCCGGAGCUCCGGGAACAGCUGGAGGCGUUCCCGGAACUCCUGGAGAGCCUGAGCAUCAGUGCCGCCUCCUGGCUGAAGCCCCCCAGUCCCGCCGAGCGCCGCCUGUGCUGCUUUUCCUGGGAAUCCUGCCGGGAGCAGCGGGCCGGGCUGCGCCGCUUUUCCCGGGAAUGCGGCGGCCCGGGCGGCUUUUCCCGGGAAUGCUGGCGGGCCGGGAUGCGCCGCGUUUCCCGGGAGUGGCGCUGGCCGGGGCUGUGGCUCGCGGGCUCGGCGCUGCUGCUCGCCCUGGGCGCUCUGCGGCACCGGGAGCGCGGCCCGGGAACCGCCCUGGCCCGGGGCUGCGGGGCCGCCCUGAACCUCAACUGCGCCCUGCUCCCGGUGAGCGACACCGGGGACACCGCGGGGACACCGGGGGGACACUGGGGACAGACUGGGGACAUGGGGACAGCCUGGGGACAUGGGGACAGCCUGCCUGAACCUCAACUGCGCCCUGCUCCCGGUGAGCGACACCGGGGACACCGGGGGGACACCGGGGGGACUCCGGGGGGACACUGGGGACAGACUGGGGACAUGGGGACAGCCUGCCUGAACCUCAACUGUGCCCUGCUCCCCGUGAGUGACACUGGGGGGACACUGGGGGGACAGACAGGGGACAGCGAGGGGACAGCAGGGGGACAGACAGUGGGACAUGGAGGGGACACCGAGAGUACAUGGGGGCACACCAAGGGGACACUGAAGGACACUGUCCCCUGUACCUGUUCCUCACUGUCCCCCAGCCUGGAGCAGCCUGGGACAGCAGCGGGUGUUGGGAUCGGGACUGGAGGGGAUCGAGGUCCUUUCCAAGGCAAAUCCCAGCGAUUCCAGGAUUCCCUUGGGCUGCCUUUUCCCACUGGGAUACCCAGACAGCCCCAGCAGGAAGCGCCAGUUGGCUCCAGCACUUCCCAUUCCCAUCCCUGUUCCCAUUCCCAUCCCCAUCCCCAUUCCCACUCCCGUUCCCUUUCCCAGGUUUUUUACUGGACCCACCUCUCCUACAUCCCGGUGUGGUUCCUGCUGCUCCUGCACGCUCCCCACUUCUGGAAGUGGUUCCUGAUUCCCGGCUCCCUGUUUUUCCUGGAGAAGGUUCUGGGCUGGCUGUGGCGCCGGGCGGGAGAUCUGCACAUCCUGGAGGCCAGGCUGCUGCCCUCCAAGGUGACACACCUGGUGAUCCAGCGGCCGGAAUCCUUCCGCUUCCAGCCGGGGGAUUUUGUCUUCCUGAACAUCCCGGCCAUCGCCGCCUACGAGUGGCAUCCCUUCUCCAUCAGCAGUGCUCCGGAGCAGCCAGGAACCCUCUGGCUGCACAUCCGGGCGCGGGGCCAAUGGACCAACAAGCUCUACGAGCACUUCCAGCGGCUGGAAUCACACGGCCCGGAGCCGGAUCCCUCCGGAAGGUGCAGCGGGAAGGGAUCUGGGAUCUGGGAUCCGGCCUUGUCCUGGCACGGGGAGCCCAGGAGUGUUCCCCAAACACGGGAGCUUUGGGAUCGGGGCUGGAUCUGGUGCCAGGAUUUGGUUCCAGGAUCUGGAUUGGGAUCUUGUGCUGGGAUUCGGUGCUGGGAUCUGGAGUCAGGAUUUGAUGCUGGGAUCCAGUGCCGGGAUCCGGUGCUGGGAUCCGGUGCGUGCCCGAGCCGAGGCUUUCCCGCUCUCUCCCAGGUGGAUUUUGUCUGGAUCACGCGGGAUCAGCAGCACCUCCAGUGGUUCCUCAGCCUCCUGGCCCAGCUGGAGGCGCAGCAGGCGGAGCUGGAGCCGGGAGGGAAGUUCCUGGAGCUGCACCUGUUCAUGACCUCAGCCCUGGGCAAGGGGGACGUGAAGGCGCUGGGGCUGCAGCUGGCGCUGGAUCUGCUGGCGGCCCAGGAAAAGCGGGAUUCCAUCUCCGGCCUCCGCAGCCGCACCCAGCCCGGCCACCCCGACUGGGCCAAGCUGUUUGGGAAGGUGGCGGCGGAGCGGCGCGGGAAGGUCCGGGUGUUCUUCUGCGGCUCCGCGGGGCUGGCCAGGAUCAUCCGCAGGCACUGCCGGAGCUUCGGAUUCGCCUUUUCCAAGGAAAACUUCUGAGCUGACGGGAGCGCUUCCCACCGGGAGCCGAUCCCAUUCCCAGCUCGGAUCCGCUGGGGCUGGGCCAUGGAAAUCUGGGAAAAGCUCCUGCGGAUCCGAGGAAUAAAAAAGAUGGGAAAGUUUC